GGCCCUGAAACAGAAGAGCAAGACCCAGCAAAGCGAGAUUGCAAUAAGAAGAGUAGCAGUAUAAUAGCGAUACAAAGCUAUUAGGGUUUUGUGGCAGCACAACACAACAGAGCUAAGCAGAGAGCAGCAAUGGCGCCGAAGAAGGAGAGGUCACCAAGGGUGAGCCGAAACCCUGAAUUGAUCAGGGGAAUCGGGAAAUACUCCAGGUCCAAGAUGUACCACAAGAGGGGUCUCUGGGCCAUCAAGGCCAAGCACGGCGGCACUUUCCCUCGCCACGAUGCCAAGCUUAAGCCUGAAGCUCCUGCUCAGAAGGCACCUAAGUUCUACCCUGCUGAUGAUGUCAAGAAGCCUCUGCUCAACAAACACAAACCCAGACCCACCAAGCUCAGGGCUAGCAUUACCCCUGGGACUGUGCUGAUCUUGCUUGCAGGCAGAUUCAAGGGGAAGAGGGUUGUGUUUCUGAGGCAGCUUCCUUCUGGGUUGCUUCUUGUGACUGGUCCCUUCAAGAUUAAUGGAGUUCCUUUGAGACGUGUGAAUCAGUCCUAUGUGAUUGCCACAUCUACCAAAGUAGAUGUCUCUGCAGUCAAGUCGGAUAAAUUUGAUGACAAAUACUUUUCAAAGGAAGCCCAGAAAAAGAAAAAGAAGGGAGAGGGAGAGUUCUUUGAAGCAGACAAGGAGGAGAAAAAUGUGCUCCCCCAGGAGAAGAAGGAUGACCAAAAAACUGUUGAUUCUGCAUUGUUAACCGCCAUCGAGAGUGUUCCAGACCUGAAGUCUUACCUAGGUGCCAGGUUUUCCUUGAAGUCUGGCAUGAAGCCUCAUGAGCUUAAAUUCUAGAGGGAAAAGUGUUAGAAUCGUUUUUUGAUAUUCUGUUUUUGUAUUGAUCUUGGACCUAAAGCUGUAGAACGCUAUUUUUAUGUUGCCAACAGAUUGUUUCAGGGAUUUCCUUGAAUUUUUCUCGUGUGAACUUAAUUAUUUUAUGAUUUUGUGGCCUCACCGUUGGAAGUGGA